GGUCUGGGGAGGCAUGAAAAGGCCCUGAGGAAAACAAACUCCAGCUGAGAAGCCUGAGAGCACUUGGCCUUCAUAAGUGUCCCCACCAUGGCCUGGAUGAUGCUUCUCCUCGGACUCCUUGCGUAUGGCUCAGGAGUGGAUUCUGAGACUGUGGUGACCCAGGAGCCAUCGUUGUCAGUGUCCUCUGGAGGAACAGUCACACUCACCUGUGGCCUGAGCUCUGGCUCAGUCUCUACCAGUAACUACCCCAGCUGGUACCAGCAGACCCCAGGCCAGGCUCCACGCACGCUCAUCUACAGAACAAACACUCGCCCUUCUGGGGUCCCUGAUCGCUUCUCUGGCUCCAUCCUUGGGAACAAAGCUGCCCUCACCAUCACGGGGGCUCAGGCAGACGAUGAAUCUGAUUAUUACUGUAUGCUGUACAUGGGUAGUGGCAUUUCCACGUUUGGUGGCGGGACCCAGCUCACCGUUUUAGAUCAGCCCAAGGCCACUCCCUCAGUCACUCUGUUCCUGCCAUCCUCUGAAGAGCUCCAAGCCAACAAGGUCACACUGGUGUGUCUCAUGAGCUUCUAUCCGGGAAUCUUGACGGUGCCCUGGAAGGGAGAUGGUACCCCCAUCACCCAGGGCGUGGAGAUGACCAUGCCCUCCAAACAGAGAAACAAGUGCAUGGCUAGCAGCUACCUGAGCCUGACGCCUGAGCAGUGGAGGUCCCGCAACAUCUUCAGCUGCCAGGUCACGCAUGAAGGGAGCACCGUGGAGAAGACAGUGGACCCUGCAGAAUCUCUUCCUGAGGACGGCCUGUUUUUAAGAUGUUCACCACAAUGCAAAGAUGAAGAUGAUGAUGAAGAUGGUGAUGAUGAUGAUGAUGGUGAUGUCCAGAUAAGAGCUUGGAAAGAAAGCGGUAUGUACCAUGAAAUAACUCACUUCCUGAGGAGAAAACUUGCUAGCUUCAUUGUAGAGAAACCUGAUUCUGGGUUCCUGCUGGGAAAGAGGCUUGGGGUUUUCCUGAAAGUGAUUUUGCCAGUGUAG